AUGAUCAUAGGAAAGUUACAUUCUCAAUGGAGACAGGCCACAGAAGAUGCCGAUACCGUCAUUGUCAACGAAGCCCUGUCUUUGGCUGAACGUACUGAGACUGAGGUGGUGGUUGUCAGAGACGACAUCGACCUAGGACAUCGACCUGUUGGUCGACCUGCCAACGAAGCCCUGUCUUUGGCUGAACGUACUGAGACUGAGGUGGUGGUUGUUGGAGAGGACAUCGACCUGUUGGUCGACCUGUCAACGAAGCCCUGUCUUUGGCUGAACGUACUGAGACUGAGGUUGGUCAUCCUUACGGGUCUUUGUCUACGAGAUAACGUAUUCUUCCUGAAACCAGGGAAGGGAAAUGUUCCUCCAACCACCUACUCUCCUAUGCAUGCUCUGACAAACAAAACCAUAAGAGAAUACAUCAUGUUUCUUCAUGCAAUGAGUGGUUGUGAUACAACUUUAGCACCUUACAACCAAGGAAAGUUCGUGAAAACUGUCACCAAAAACCCCAACCUUGCUGAUGUUGUGAGUGUGUUCAAAAACCCUGAGGCAACUCCAGAAAGCAUUGCAGCAGCAGGGGAGAGAUUCCUGGUCAACCUGUACGGCUUCACAGGAAGGACUGAGCCGUCGAUAAACCGUCUGAGCUACACUAUACCACCAUUAGCUGCUGCAGCCACACAGCACAGUUUUAGGGUAUAUCUCCAAGUGCAGCAAUGGCUGGGAGUUGAGAAGAAUGCCGAAGAUUGGGGUUGGAAACGAGCAACAAAUGGCCUGGAACCGAUCAAUUUUCUACAAGCCCCCGCUCCUCUCGAACUACUGCGUCUGGUGUCAUGUAGAUGCAUCAAGACGUGGGCAAAGAAAUGUAGAUGCAAAAAAGCAGGCCUCGAUUGCACAAAUCUGUGCAUCGACUGUGAGGGGUCCUGCAACAAUGUGACAAUCGAGUCAGAUCUCACUAUUCCCCUUAAUGACGGGCCAUUCGACGUUGAAGUACAGGACGAACUGGGCUUCACCUUCGCCCCUGGUAGUUGA